AUAACAUUCCUCCGAUACCGCUUGGACACAGGCUCGAGCGAGACCUGGCCUUUCCUCCCCGCGCGAGAAGCUCGCGGCGGCGGCGGCGGCGGCGCAGGUCUUGCUGAUAAGGGGGACACGGUGGCGCACUCCUGAGAAUACGUUCGCGUCCUCCGGUAGCGGGAAGAGGCAGGCACCACCGGGAUCCCCUUCCCCUGCCCCCCUUACCGCCGCCGCUUUUCUUGGAGGGGAGGAAAAGAAAGGAAAGCCGAGGAGGACAAUUAGCGUGCGCUCGGCUUAAAGGAGAUCAGACUGUGAGAUGGCUUCACCGGAGCCAUCGGCGGGCGGCGAUGCGGCCAGCCAGAGUGCUGCGGUGCAGCCGCUCCAGCUGCCAACGCCGGAGGAGAUCAAGGGGCAGGAGAUGAUGAACAACUGCGCCGUCCGGAGCGUCCUCAGUGGUGUCAUGGUAGGGGGUGGUCUUGGUGUACUUAUGGGACUAUUUUUUGGAGCUUUGGAAAAUCCAAUAAUGUCAGAGGAGAUGACAGCAAGGCAACAAAUAGUCUACCUGGCAAAACAGAUGGGCAGGAAAAGUAUGAGCCAUGCUAAGACCUUUGCAGUAAUGGGCUUGAUUUUCUCUGCAGCUGAAUGCGUCGUAGAGAAGGCUCGGGCAAAGCAUGACAUUACCAAUUCGGCAGUAGCUGGCUGUGUCACAGGAGGGGCUUUAGCUGCAAAAGGUGGCCCUCAGGCCACAUGUAUCGGGUGUGUGGGUUUUGGUGCCUUCUCCGUGGCGAUUGAGAAGUUCAUGGAACGGCAUACUUGAAUCGGUGAUGGAAACGUUGCAUCCUAUAAACCAAGUGAUGCGUCUUUGUAGCAAAUCAUUAGCAGGAUUCAGCAUUGGCCGAAGAAGUUUUGGUUAUUCUGCAAUAUUCAGUCGUUGGCAUGUACCCCAAGAUGGGGUAACCUAAAUUUUAAGUCUUGCGGCUGUCCAUCCAUUGCACUGAGUAGCUAAAUUAGUCUGUAGCCAGUUUGAUGCCAUGUACCCAGAGAUGGGGGUAAUAUACGCAUUUUCGCUGAUGCAAUCUCGGGCCAUGUUAUCUGUGUCUGAUGUCUGAAUGGUUUCAGAGAAGUACUCCCUCUAAACGCUCUUAUAUAAGUUUACAGAGGGAGUAUAUUUUACUUUUUAUACUUGUCCGUGGUAAUGACCUGAAACCUGCUCUGGUCUUGUACCCUGAUAGGCUGGCAAAGUAAUAGUAGCAUUAUUAAGUUCUCUCUA